UAAUAAUGUGUCGCUAGUUUUGACAGUUUCACUUUGUACGUGGCUAGUGUCAGUUGUGUUUAUGUUUGUAGCACGGUACAAUCGGAUUCUCAAAUAGUUUUUGGAUAUAAUUAUAUAUUUGUUUUCUGUUUAAGUAAAAAAAAUAAGUCAUUAGUGGGUGACGCGACGUUAUGAAAAAUAGUUUUUGAAGAAAAAACAUAAUGGAGAAUCCAACUCGUUCGCUCGAAGUAGAAAACACAAAACUGUCAAAAAUCUCUAGUCCCUUUUCGAUCGAAUCGUUAAUUGCUAAUCGAAAUGCGCCAACAAUGAUGGCGUCGCGUCAGGUGAAAGUUCCUCCGACGGCGGAUUCUGUGGAAUUGCCGUUUGCUACACAUUCACUACCAAUUGGUUUUCCUCCGAACUUUCCUUUCUACAAUCCUUGGAUACACGGAUAUUUUGGACAAAAUCACGAACGCCUCAAUCAACUGCUGUCAAAUGGAUCGUAUUACCUCGGAAAUCAACAUGCUUCCGCUGCCGUCGCUUCUGCAGGUGGUGGCAGCGGUGGCGGUGUCGGUAGCAUUGCAGAUAAUAUUAAAGGUGUUGAUUCCGAUUUGAGAAGUCAAACACUAGAUAAUCGUUCACUUGCCUUACUCAGAUCGACAGACCAAAAUUAUUGUGAAAAACUUGUAAAUUUCGUCAAAAACGGAAGAUUCGAUCCCGCGCGUGAAAAGCUAGCUGAGUUUCUAAUGCAUGCGAACAAUGCAGAAUAUAACGGUGAUAGAUUACAACAAUGCUUGAAUAAUCGAACUUUAAGUGAAAGUGACCCAAGAAGUUUGGAUAUGAGUGAAUGUAGUUCAAUGAAUAAUGCCGAUUGUUUACCUCUGACGAUUUCGAAAAUGGAAGCAAACGACUUCGAAAGACCGGAAGAAGAAUUCGAACACAGCGGUGAUUCGUGUAGUGAUAUAAGCCUUACAAUGUCUCCCGAAGACACGGAUAAGAACCAAGAUUGUAUUCACUCCGACAGUGAAGAUUGUUCCGAUGAUGAUGCUCCAAAUGCCUCAAGUGGUAGUGGAUCCAUUAAAGGUCAACAAAACAGCAGCAGUAGUUCAAAAUCAAGAAGAAGAAGAACUGCAUUUACCUCAGAACAACUUCUAGAAUUGGAACGUGAGUUUCAUGCUAAAAAAUAUCUCAGUCUUACAGAGCGUAGUCAAAUUGCAACUAGUCUUAAAUUAAGUGAAGUUCAGGUCAAAAUCUGGUUUCAAAACCGUCGAGCAAAAUGGAAACGAGUCAAAGCUGGCCUUACUACCCACGGUCUAAGUCGAGGCACCACAGGAAACGGCACGAAAAUUGUAGUUCCUAUUCCAGUUCAUGUAAAUCGCUUUGCUGUGCGUUCACAACAUCAACAAAUGGAAAAAAUGGGUUUAAGUGGCCCAAAACCAGAUUUACGUAAGAAAAUCUCACUCGAAUUAAGUGGUUUUGAAUGUUUCAAUAGCAAUGGCGGCCAUAGUGUUGUGGGACUACCACCAAGUACAAGUUCUGCCGGUGCACCACCUCUAACAAAUGUAGCACGAAAUAUUUACUAAAAUUCAAGUAAAAGUCUGUCAAAAAGUGUAAACUAUAUAUUUAUAAUUUUUUAAGGACCUACAUAAUAAUGUUUAAGUAUGUGUAUGAUUUGAGUAUAUAAUAUGCCUAUAUAUAUAAAUCG